AGUUAUGGAUCUUUCUCGUGAGUUUGGAGAUGAUACAACUCCCAGCAAUGGUCUUAAACACCCAACUGCCUCACUCUUCCACAUACUGUUCAGAACAUUGGCAGUUGUUGUCUAUUUAUUCUGUACACUGUUUGGUGGAGGUUUUACUCUCACUUUUGUUCUAGUUGUUCUUUUACUAGCUGCAGACUUUUGGACUGUAAAAAAUAUAACAGGGAGGUUACUAGUGGGCCUCAGGUGGUGGAAUAAAGUUAACGAGGAUGGCAGUACAGAAUGGAUAUUUGAAAGCAGAAAGGAGGGAGCAUCAAUUCACCAUUCUGCAACUGAGCAAAGAAUAUUCUGGAUUGCAAUGUUCACAAGCUCUCUUGUCUGGUUCAUCCUCCUAAUUAAGAAUCUACUGUCCUUUUCUUUGGGAUGGAUUGUUGUAGAUAUAACUGCGGUGGUUCUAAAUGCAGCAAAUCUUUAUGGAUACAUUAAAUGUAGAAGAGACGCUAAAGCUAAAGUGCAAGGAGCAGUCGGAAGUUUUCUUGGCAGACAAUUGUUUAAUUCGAUGGUGAGUGGAGAAGGCCAAGGAACCUCCCAACAACAAACCAGAUGAAUGAUUAAAAGUUGAAACGGAAACUUGGUUGGGUUCAGUUACUACAGAAUCGCAUGAGUUAGAAUUCCUUGACAGCAUCUAGAUGUUGGACAACUACAUUGAUUGCAUGAGCUUAUUUAUUUCGAUCUAAAACUGGGAUUAAACCUGUAUAUAAUAAUAUUACGUUCAAUGCAAGAAAGAUUGAUUAACAAUAAAAGUAUGCAUUACAUUUUAACUGUUUUUCCGUCUUUGCUCUUACUUGGAACAUGUUUGAAUUCUAUGUGGCAAUUUGUAAUUAUAAAGCAAUUAGUAAUUAUAAAGCAAUUUGUAAUUAAUAAGGAGUA